AUGAAUCGUAUAUUUUUUGAUACUUCAAUUACAGGAGAAGGACUUGCGUGGGCCAUGCCAACGUCAAUAAUUGAUGAAGCUUCGGUGGCAAAGGAGGAAGCAAAGCUUAAUGCGGAUAUUAAAAAAUUAUUUUACCCAGAAACUUCUUUUAUGGCGCCAGGGAUGGAUAGGAAAAAUUCAGAAGAAGAUGAAGAAGAGGAAAUUGAGAGCUGUGAAAGCAGUGAGGAUGAAAUGGAAGGAGUGCCUGAUCUUUCAGGGUUUUCGAGAUAA